UACUCGCGCUUGUCUUUUGCCCCAUGAUUGUCAACGCAUAAGAAGACGGUUCUUUCCACGUCUUAUCAUCAACCAUCGACAAGCACGGAUUCAAAGCAAGACCGCACUCAGCUACGACCAGGCGAAGUUUUCUGGCGUGAUCACCAACAAUGGUUGCAGGAAAAAGGUUACAUGCUUCGGCCACGCUAUCGACCGGGAUGGGUAGCGUCAUGGAAACACAAGAAUCCUAUGUAUUGGAACUACUGAGGCUCCGAGUGGCUUAAGCGGACCACGUCAUUGGUGCAACAGGGAUAUUCGACGGCGAACUGGUCAUGCUCAAACGGAUUUGUCAUUCUGGGCAUCCUUGUGAAGGGGAAAUUAUUCAUUUUUCUCUCAGGAGCCAAUUGCAUCUCAUCCUCACAAUCACUGUGUUCCGAUCUACGAUGUACUCGAUCUUCGGGAAGACGACGAUCCUUUUAUUCUUGUAAUGCCCUUGUUGCGAGAGUACAAUAACCUGCGGAUGAAGUCCAUAGGUGAAGCUGUCGAGUUCUUCCGGCAGUUAUGCGAGGGCCUGCAAUUUUUGCGCAAAUGCUGUGCCGCUCACAGAGAUUGCAUGAACCUCAAUAUCAUGAUGGAUCCCAGGCCUCUGUUUCCUCACAUGUUCCAUCCACGAGACGAUCGAAGGACGUUGGACUUCAAGGGAACGGCGAAAUACUAUACUCGGACGGCUCGUCCUACAAAGUACUUCUUCAUAGACUUUGGUCUGUCUCGAAAGUACUACCCAGGGGACAUGCCCCCCGUUGAACCUGUCAUAUUCGGAGGUGACAAGACAGUACCUGAGUCCACGGAGCCCUACGAUCCUGUCAAUCCGCCCCCUACAGACAUUUACUAUGUGGGUAACCUGAUACGCGAGGACUUCUUACAGAAGACAACUGGACUGGAGUUCAUGGAGCCGCUUGUCGCUGACGUGGUGCAGGAUGAUCCAUCAGAGCGGCCCAAUAUUGAUGAGGUUAUUCGACGCUUCGAACAAAUCCGUCGUUCGCUAAGCUGGUGGACACUAAGCUCAAGAAUUAUCGAGAACCGAUGAAGCUCGAGGCGAUCCUGUCGCUCGAGCUUUCCAUCGUUGUUCGGUUUAGAGGUCCUGUUCCUAUUCCCUGAUAUGUCUCAUAUGAUGCAAUGAUUUCACCGACAUCCCUAACAUGCCUAUUCAUUCUAUGAUUUCAUGGUAACGACGAUGUCAUCCAUGAGCUGCAUGCGACGUGCAUGCUAAUUCCCUGUAUCUAGUACAAAUACAUGACCAAGGGCGCG